AAAUGUGAAGUUAAACGAGUUUGAAGGAGGUCUGCACUCCAGAGUGCUUGCUCUACAAAGCAAAUGGCGUGCAGUCUGGCAUAUGUCAGUCGACAGGAAGAAACGUCUGCAGGAUGCAUAUGAAACUUUGUUAGAGAUUGAGAGUUUUAAAAACUUUGACUUUGACCUCUGGAGGUUGCGAUACUUAAAUUGGAUACAAUCACAGAAGUUUCGAGUCACAGACUUUUUCAGACGACAAGAUAAGGAUAGUGAUGGAUUCUUGGACAGGGAACAGUUUGUUAGUGGCAUGCUGAAGUCUAAGUUCCCUACAACACGUACAGAAUUGAAUGCAGUAUUUGAUAUGUUUGACAAUCGUAAGAGAGGCCUUAUUGAGUAUAAAAACUUUGUGGAUGCAGUCAAGACAGACAGGAGAAACCAGGCCAAGAGUAGCAGCCACAAGGCACAGUCAGACAUGGAGCUGAUACAUGCAGAGAUCGAGAGAGAGCUUUCGACAUGUCAGUGCCGUCAACCAUUCACAGCAGAGUGGAUUGAUGAAGGAAAAUAUAUGUUUGGGGAGAAACGUAAACUGUGCCUGGUGCGCUACCUCAACAAAACUGUGAUGGUUCGUGUUGGUGGGGGCUGGGUGACUCUGGAAGAGUUUGUGGAGCAGAAUGAUCCUUGUCGAGGCAAAGGGCGCACAAACUUGGAGUACCAUGAACACUCCCCACGUCCUCAAACAUCGACACCAAACAACAGUUACACCGUACGACCAGGCAGUGCUAGUGGGCGAACUUCGCCAUUUCCUACCGGAGUGCGGCGGCGACCAAACGAUACAGGAUAUGCUUCAUCGAACUCAUCUGGAAGUAAUGAUUCCUCAUUGAGACGAAGCAGGAUCGCCACCUCCAUGAUGAACCUGGCCAGCAACCUGUCCCUGUCCCUAGGGCCUGCCACUGAAACAUUCGGAUCUUCAGGAAAUCUGAAUCGGACAAAGCGUCUCAGCAACUCAUCUUCAAAUUUGUCUGGCCGUAAAACACCAACACCCUUGUCGUUGUCCUCCAAUCGUCGACUGUACUCGUUCACCCCUCGGGCCACCACGCCUACCGUUGCGUUUGGUACAAGCAUCAAGUCACGACCUACAACACCAUCAAUUUCACCCCGCACAACAUCCACACCCCCGAGAGCCAGUAUCAGCACACCCACGAAGAUGGGCAUGAGCCAGGCAACUUUGGGGCCCCCCAGGCAGCGCAGGUUGCCAUCCACCCCUCAAACACCAAGCCAAGGGUUCAGAUAG